AUGCAAAACUUUCAAAAUCCUAAUCCUCAAAAUUCUCAAUUCCCAUCGAUGCCAACAAAAUCCGCCUCUUUUUUUCCGUCAUCAACCGGAAACACUCCGCCGCAUUUUUUCCGUCACCAAACUCCACCAUAUGGUCAACCAUCUAUGGAAUUUUUUCGUCAUGAACCGGAAACACCGAUUGUGUCUAUGUCCGAAAGUCAAGUUCCACCAUUUUCAACUCAAGUCGGUAUUGAAAAAGAAGAAAGUCGCCCUGUUAAAAAAAAGCUCGAGAGGUAUUUUCAAGGGAUGAAGAUAUACUUCUUAUCCAAUCAUGGCUCAAUGUUUCAAAGGAUUCAAUUGUAG